AUGGCACCAAACCUUGCACCAGUUGGAGGCAUCACUCUUUUUCUGGGCGUAGGCCUCCAUCUCAUAUACUCAUAUAUCAUGAAGCAGCGGGAGAACCCUCACAGGCAGGAAACGACGAGGACAGGUCAGAAUAAAGCUAAAAAUGUUAAACUCUCUGCAUAUGAACAGCACAUUGACACUCACCGGGUUGACCCGCAGGCCAUGCAGAUCACAUGGAGGGAUAUCGCAGGUCUGGAGGAGGUGAUCAAUGAGCUAAUGGAGAAAAUUAUCUUCCCCGUUCAGAACAGACAUCUGUUCAGGGAAUCCCGGCUGCUGCAGCCACCCAAAGGUGUGCUGCUGUAUGGACCCCCAGGAUGUGGUAAAACACUCAUUGCCAAGGCGACAGCAAAAGAGGCGGGCUUUACUUUCAUCAACUUGAAGCCGAGCACGCUGACAGAUAAAUUUUACGGAGAGUCCCAGAAACUGACUGCUGCUGUGUUCUCACUGGCGUCCAAAUUAGCCCCAACGAUCAUCUUCAUUGACGAGAUAGAUUCCUUUCUGAGGAAUCGAUCCAGCACCGAUCAUGAAGCCACAGCUAUGAUGAAGGCUCAGUUUAUGACUUUGUGGGAUGGACUCGAAACAGACCACCAGUGCCAGGUGAUCAUUAUGGGAGCCACCAAUCGUCCUGAGGACAUAGACCCUGCCAUCUUGAGGAGGAUGCCCACCAAGAUCCACAUCAAGCUGCCUAACUUUGAGCAGCGCAAGCAGAUACUCAGACUGAUCCUGGAAAAUGAGAAGGUGGAUCCACUGAUUAACUUCAGCCACAUCGCUGGGGAAACUGAGGGUUUCUCAGGAAGUGACCUCAAAGAGAUUUGUCGUGAGGCAGCACUGCUGUGUUUCCAAGAAAUCAUGGAUUCUGACACCCUUUCAAUUGACCACAUCCGUCCAAUUAGUCAGGAUGACCUCCAGAACGCUACAAGAAAGAUGAAGAAGUCCAAGAUUCCUGGUGGCCACAGCACAAUCUUUUCAAUUGACCCCAUCCGUCAGACUAACCAGGAUGACCUCCAGAACGCUACAAGGAAGAUGAAGAAGUCCAAGAUUCCUGGUGGCCACAGCACAAUUUUUUCAGAUGACCCUAUUCGUCAGAUUAAUCAGGAUGACCUCCAGUCCAACACUGCGGGAAGAUAUGCUCUUCAGCAGGAUGUUCAGGUGAAGCUUGGAGAUGACGUCACUCUCCAGUGUCAGAUUUCCACAGAUGAAAUAAUCUCAGUGUUGAAGUGGAGCAGACCUGACCUGAACACAGACGGCUACGUCUACUUCUACAGGAACAAACGCUCCUAUGAAAACUAUCAACAUCCAUCUUUUUAUGGCAGAGUGAAGCUGAGGGACCCAGAGAUGAAGGAUGGAGACGUUUCUGUGAUCCUGACGAACGUUACGUUUAAUGAUGCUGAGAUUUAUAAGUGUCACGUAGCUGUGAGGAACCCUGGGAGAUAA